AAACCCCGAAGUGAAAAUUCUAAGGCUCUGCGAAGUAAAUUAUCCUUCUGUGAAUGUGACACACGCUCUCUGCAGUUCCAUAUGCUGAGGUUAUUCUUACUUAUCGGUUUGACAUGCUUGGUGAGAUCAGAUGCAGAUGAAACAUGCCCUUCAUUCACCAGACUGAGCUUUCACAGUGCCGUGGUGGGUACUGGGCUGCAGGUGAGGCUGAUGCUCUAUACGAAGAGAAACCAGACCUGCGCACAAAUCAUCAACUCAACAGCUUUUGGGAACUUGAAUGUGACCAAGAAAACCACCUUCAUUAUUCAUGGAUUCCGGCCAACAGGUUCCGCUCCAGUUUGGAUGGGAGACUUAGUAGAGGCUUUGCUCUCUGCAGAACACAUGAACGUGGUUGUUGUUGAUUGGAAUCGAGGAGCUACCACCGUCAUAUACACCCACGCCGCUAAUAAGACCAAAAAAGUAGCCAUCAUCUUGAAGGAAUUUAUCGACCAGAUGUUGGCGGAAGGAGCUUCUCUUGACAACAUUUAUAUGAUUGGAGUAAGUCUAGGAGCCCACAUAUCUGGAUUUGUUGGAGAAAUGUAUGAUGGGCAGUUGGGGAGAAUUACAGGUCUCGAUCCUGCGGGCCCUUUAUUCAACGGGAGGCCCCCCCAGGACAGAUUAGAUCCCAGCGAUGCGCAGUUCGUUGAUGUCAUCCACUCCGACACUGAUGCACUGGGCUACAAGGAACCGCUAGGAAACAUAGACUUCUAUCCAAAUGGAGGAUUGGAUCAACCUGGUUGCCCCCAAACGAUAUUUGGAGGAAUAAAGUAUUUCAAGUGUGACCACCAGAGGUCCGUGUACCUGUACCUGGCUUCCCUGAGAGAGGACUGUGAGAUCACCGCCUAUCCCUGUGACUCCUACAGGGACUACAGGAACGGCAAGUGCGCCAGCUGCGGCACACCAGAGCAGUCCUGUCCCGUCCUGGGCUAUUAUGCUGACAAUUGGAAAGACUACUUAAAGCAGAAAGAUCCUCCGAUGAAUAAGGCGUUCUUUGACACAGCUGAGAAGGAGCCAUUCUGCAUGUAUCAUUACUUUGUGGACAUUAUAUCUUGGAACAAGAACAUCAGAAGAGGGUCUAUUACAAUCAAAUUAAGAGACAGAGAUGGAAAUACCACAGAAUCUAAAAUCGAUCAUGAACCAGCCACAUUUCAGAAAUAUCAUCAAGUGAGCCUGCUUGCAAGAUUUAAUCAAGAUCUGGACAAAGUGGCAACAAUUUCCUUGGUGUUCUCUACAGGAUCUGUAAUAGGCCCUAAGUACAAGCUCAGGAUCCUCCGAAUUAGGUUGAGGUCCCUUGUCCAUCCAGAGAGGCCCCAGUUAUGUCGGUAUGAUCUUGUCCUGAUGGAAAAUGUCCAGACAGUCUUCAAACCUAUUCUCUGCCCCAAGUUGCAAAUGUAACUGCUGCUGCCGGGGACACGUGGGCAGCAACGAUGUCAGGAAAGCUGCAUCUACGGCCUCUUUUAAA